GUGGCCGGGGCUGCCCCGUUUCCUCCCCGGCGGCCCGGAACAGCCCGGCGCGGCCCGGAACGGCACGGCCCGGCCCGGAACAGGCAGCGGAAGUGCCGCCGCCAUGGCGCCGGUGUCGCGCUCCCGCAGCCCGCCCGCCGCCAGCCCGCAAGGCCGCGGCCGCCGCUCCCGGUCCCGCUCCCGGUCGCGGUCCCGCUCCCGCAGCGCCCUGAGGCGCCGCCGGCGGAGCCGCAGCUGGUCCCGAUCCCGCAGCCCCGGCGGGCCGCGCUCCGGCGGGCACCACCACCACGGCAAGGCCUGGCCCGAGUACUACGAGAAGGAGAAGGAGGAGAUCCUGCGGCAGAGGAGGCUCAAUGAGAGGGAGAGGAUUGGAGAGCUGGGCGCACCCGAAGUCUGGGGACUUUCGCCAAAGGUUCCUGACCCCGAUUCUGAUGAACACACACCAGUAGAAGAUGAAGAGGCAAAAUCUAAGAGUAGCUCUUCGGAUUCCAGCUCAGAAGAGGAGAAAAAGAAAAAGAAGAAGAAAAGAAAGAAGAAAAAGCGGAAGGCAUCUAAAAGAAAACACAGAAAGCAUUCUGAGGACAGCGACAGUGAGUCGGAGUCUGAGCAGAACUCCAGUGAUGAAGAUAAAAAGAAAAGCAAGAAGAAGAAAAAGAAGCAGAGAAAGAAGAGGUAUAAGAAAAAGAAAAAUAAAAAGAGCAGGAAGGAAUCCAGUGAUUCAAGUAGUGAAGAUUCUGAUGAUGAAACGUUGCAAGAAGAUCUCUGGAUUGAGAGAUCAAAAAAUACAGAAGCUGAUAGCUUGAUUGGACCAGAAGCUCCCAAAACGCACGCAUCUCAAGAUGACAGGCCUUUGAACUAUGGACAUGCCCUGUUGCCUGGUGAAGGUGCAGCAAUGGCAGAAUACGUAAAAGCAGGAAAACGUAUACCCCGGAGAGGUGAAAUUGGCUUGACCAGUGAAGAAAUCGCAUCGUUUGAGAGCUCUGGUUAUGUAAUGAGUGGCAGCAGACAUCGUCGAAUGGAAGCUGUGCGUCUGCGUAAAGAGAACCAGAUUUACAGCGCAGAUGAAAAGAGAGCUCUGGCAUCCUUCAACCAGGAGGAGAGGAGGAAAAGAGAGAAUAAGAUCCUUGCAAGCUUUCGAGAGAUGGUCUACAGAAAGACUAAGGGCAAAGAAGAAAAAUAAUUUCUCAUUUGAACUGUUUGCCGUAGAUUUUACCAAGCAGCAGCUAACCUGUUCCAGUCACGAUCUGAAAAAAGCUGCAGUGCCUUUCACCCAACAGGGCCAAGCCUCAGGAAUGGAUUACUUGUAUCAAGGGAAUAGAAUUACUAUUAUCAGAUUUUGUUGGAGGAUUUGUUCACUGUCUGCAAGGAAUCCCUGUAAAUCAAAAGGCUAGGAGACAGGAGCAGGCAGUGAAGGUUAGAGGUGGCAAUGUUCUGUCCUCACUUGGACAAGCAGGGGGAUUCCAUGGGAGGGCUUUGGUAUGUGCUGCUGCUAAAUGCUAUUUUGCAUUUAUUUUCACUAAUGAGAGUAGGUUGACCAUCACAAGCAAGCUACUAGUGAGAGUAGCACAAAUGAAGGAAUUCCUAAAUUCCUGUUUAUGUAUUUUUCAUAAGUCUUAGAUUUAUUUUUUUUCUCAGAACAGUUGUUUGUUUUGUGGUUUAGAGUACUCCUGUAUAUAGGUGUAAAUUUGUAAUUUAAUACAGACUGGCUUCAGUUAUUUUAAAGCAAGCAGAUUGCAAUUGGGAUAUAAAAUAACAGUAACAGUAAUAGCAGGGUCUGAUCUUGAAUCUCUCAAAGCCCGUGGUGAACUGCUACGUUGCUUGCUUCUUUUUCUGCUAUGUUAUACAUAGGUAUCAGAGCGGUGGUGCAGCGAUUGGAACCUGGAUGUACGCAGGUGGUAACGAGGAUGUAUCUUUCAAUUUAUUUUUUUUGUUGGUCUAUGGAAGUGUUCUAGAUUAAAGCCUUAUUUUAACUCCUGUGUUAUUUUAAUUUGGUCUGUUUCAGCAGUAUGACAUGACUCUUUUUAAACACCAUACUCGGAAGCCUACUCAAGUAAUUCUUCUGUGGCAGCUACCUUUGAUUCAACUGUAUAUUUCCAAAAGUAACUCCCUUAGGCUUAUUUUUUCUCAAAUGUGUUUAAAAACAGAGUGUUUUCUAGAAGGCUUUCCCCCCCCCCUCAAUUUUGUGUUGUAGUUUUGGCAGCAGAGAUGUCUUGUACAUUUGUACAACAAAAAUAAGUCCUAUAAUGUUUGCCCCAGAGUCUUGCAGGCCUGUUUGCAAACAACAUUUCCAGCCCAGCUGCCUCUUCCUGUUUACACCCUGGGACCUGGUCCUGUGAACCUAUACCUGCAGGAGACUAUGACUUAAAACCAGCAGCUGGGUCAGGCCAUGAUUCUGCACAGGUUUAAUGCUUCUUACACAUACACGAGGUAAUCCACAAGCUAAUAAGGAAGAGCCGUUUUUUCCUUCGUUGUGUGUGUUUAUCCUCCACGAAUACCAAGACAGCAUCGAUGUCUGUGAGUUGGAGCUAUUCAUUAAAAUGUGAGGCUUCGCUUGAGGAUUAGUUUAUUUUCAAUGAUGUCCUUAAGCCACUUUUCUCUAAAUCGACAUUGUUCUGGCCUGGAGGAGGGAGUAAAAACGGUAAAUAGCAAGAAAGCUGGUCUUUAUUCACAGGGCAUGCCUGGAGACCUGUAUAAAUUUAUUACAAAUUGAUUACGUAGGAGGAGAUAAUCAUCGUGUGACUAUUUGUGUUGGAGCGAAGCUAAUGAUAGGCAGGGUCACUUGGGUUUGCUUAACGAGACUUUGACAGCUUCCUCUACUCUCUGAUGUUACUGUGAACUUCUUAUUUACAUCGAGCUCCCCUUUGUUUUGGCACAGGACAGCUUGCUAGAACCUCCCCGGUCGUGUCAGUGAUGGAAAAGUAACAAAGCAUACCUGAGAAUCAGCCUGCUGGACUCCAGAAAGAAGAAUACCUCCACCGGCAAGGUCUGCAAGAGAGGAGAUACAGGGCAGAGUUCACAUUCUGAGCUACAGGGCCGAAAAAAAAGCAGUCAUUUUAAUUAGGUGAGAGCUACUCCUUCAAAAAUAACUGUGUAUUUGUGCAACAUUUCUGAUAUGGAUUGGAAUAGCUUUUAAUUUUGGUUUAAAGCCUCUGAGUAUUCUCUUGUGAAGGGAAUGACUCGGAAAUUACAAUUGUAAAUUUGCUAGGAUAAGAUUUGUGACCAGUGGCUGUGAUCUGGAUUGCUGGUAGGGACCCAUUGCCGCUAAAUAGGAAAGCUAAGGUACAAUACGACUAAGCAUAGGUUCUGAAGGGGAAAAAAGUCUACUGCAUGCAAUUUUAUUUUAUUUUAUUUAUCUUGAGUCACAAAAUACCAUUGUAUGGGUGAAGAUUGAACUGUGGAUGUGUGGACAAUGUGAUUAAAUAAGAAUUUCAGUAGCAAGUGAAGUAGAAACUUAAAGCAGGAAAUAAAAAGGAGAAAAAGUGUUGAAUACU